CUUUCACUUAACCAACCACACGGGCGCCGCAUCAAAACGCGCAUUUGCCACUGCAUUUAACUGUAAAUGCACACAGCAUCUAACGGCUAUCAGCGAAAUCCUUGCAAGUGAAUCGUCAGUUAAGCAUUCGAAAUGAAAGUGUUUAUACUUAUUGCGCUGUUUGCCCUUUCGUGCCAUGCGCAGCAAUACAACCAGCGUCAGCAGCAGCAGCAGCAGCAUCAUGCCCACCUGAAUGCUAACAAUAUACCGCACGAUGAGAAGGCGGACCACCGGCAUGAGGAUCAACGCGAGACCAGCACCUGGAUACCCAUACUGAAGUACAACAAGGAGCAGAGCGAGGAUGGCAGCUACAAGACCGAAUACGAGACCGGCAACAGCAUCAUACACGAGGAGACGGGCUUCCUCAAGGACUUCGACACCAAUCCCAAUGGCGUCCUGGUGCAGCACGGCCAAUACUCCUACCAAUCGCCAGACGGCACCCACGUCAACGUUCAGUACACGGCCGAUGAGAAUGGCUUCCGUGCCACAGGUGAUCAUAUACCCACUCCGCCGGCCAUACCCGAGGAGAUACAGAAGGGUCUGGAUCAGAUCUAUGCGGGCAUUAAGCUGCAGCAGGAGCGCCUAGAGCAGCGUGCCAAGAGCGAUCCAGGCUUUGCCAAGAAGCUGGAGGAGCGACGCUUGGCCAACCAGAAUGGCCAGUACAUUGGCCUGCUGGAGAAUCAGUAGAGAGUCAGCGCUCGCACAACGUAAACCAAAAGCUCUCAACCAGAUAACGUGCUGCAUUUUUUCGAAACUUUUCAAAAUUUUUACAACUUUACAACUUGCCUCCUUCACUGACCAUAACCAAGCGAGAGACUGUGAUUUCUGCUAUAAAUUCUACAA